UGUAUUACAGUCAUAUUUCAUUUUCAACAUGCAUCUAUGUGUACCAGUUCUUUGUGUGUUUUGGGGGGGUUUCGUCUUGGCGGGAAUUGAGAUGAGUCUGUCGAAAUACAACACCUCCACACUGAUUCGACAUGCAAACACGACAUUUAAUCUUCAAUGUUCAUCGGACAGUAUGAGAGCUGAAUUACAUAUUAAGCGCUGCAUCACACCACGUGACUGCAAAAACAUUACGGAAGUGGACAGAUCGGAUUCAAACCUCACGAUCACGGUGAAUUUUCAAUCGCUGCGGACCGCGGAUACCGGGACCUACAUUUGCCAAGACCUACAGAAUAGAGAAGAGACGCACACCAUUCUAAGAGUAGGAGUUAAACCCGAGCAACCAGAAAGUAUGGACUGUGUUUCACGGGAUUUGAUGGACCUAGUUUGUACCUGGAAGAAAUCUGAUACCCAAAUCUCAAAUACUAUUCCAACCCGUUGGAAUAUCACGUUCAGCUGGAAACCAAAGAAGGGACACAGUUUCAGUCAAGCAGCAGCAUGUCCGAUCCAAAAUGAUACAAAUAGCUCCAUAUCCUGUCACUGGCCUCCAUGUCAAGCAUCGGGUUGUAAUUCGACAAAUUCGUAUGGACUAAAUCGGAAGUACAGAGUAGAGGUUAGCGGGUGGAACCAGCUCGGGAGCGUUACCAAAGUGUACAUUAUCAACCCUGAAAACUAUGCACUACUUACAAUUCGAGAAUUAGUAAUAAAACCAUGUGCGAAAUCACUGUCGAUAAACUGGCAACUACACGAAAACUUGUACUUGUCCUCAACUGGUUCUGUAGAGUUUGAAAUGACAUUGCACGGGCCAGUAUCUGAGGUGCCUACGUUCUGGAAUAUAACAAUAAAAGAGAAGUAUGAAAAGGAAUUCACGGGUCUUCAUCCGUUUACACGUUAUAAAUUCUGCAUCAGAACCAGGUUGUUGGAAUACUUGAGUCAUUGGAGUGAUACUGUCUGUACAAAAGCAAAAACAGAGGAAGCAGUUCCUACACAUGCACCAGAAACAUCACAAUGGGGAUAUUUCAUCGACGAAAACAACCGGAGUCUCAAAUUGUAUUUAAAGGAAAUGCCAACGUAUUAUCUGACGUCUAGAAAAUACAAUUACUGCAUCCAAUGGUUCGAUCGGGGUAGUAUUACUUUCAAUAAGACUGUAGCGCCGAAUGCAACAGUAGAUGUACCCCUGUCAUGGAUCGACAGCGGCGACCCUGUAAUGGAAAUAAGAAUCAGGUCGUGUAAUGAAUUGGGGUGCAGUGACAAUUUCACGCAAGUGGACAUUGACAAAACAAGGAAAGAUUUUCGUCCCCGUAGUGUAACAGUCGCUAAGGAAACGGAGAACGACCAGUAUACGAUAUCUUGUGACGUCAGGGAGGAUUUCCUAGAUGACAUACAGUAUAUCGUCUUCUACUACUGCCGUGGUUUUCGGGAAAAUCACAUUUGUCUAACUAACUUCAGCUGGAUAGUUGAAGCUGAUGUCAAUCUGCAACGAACUAUCAAAGUCCCCAGUGGCCAAUAUGGAGACUGGAUGUUUGGGGUAUCAUUAGUUGCCCAUGACAACUCUUCUGGUGGUAUUUUUUAUUCUACUUGCUAUUCUUUGGGAAAUAACAGUUGUGAACACGUCAGCAUACAAAAAGAAGACAGCUCAUCAGAUGAGAUUGUUGCCGCUUUCAUUUUGUUACUUGUCUUGGCUUUUAUCCUGGCCACUUUGCUGUUGGUAAGAUACCUGAGGCAAAAAUAUUGUGAAGACAUACGAAUAGACUUACCGGAGAUUUCCCAGAAGAAGUACAACAUGAAUGGCAUGAUCCGUCCUGAGGCUGAGACCAUGAUCAAUCCUGAUACUGACCAGAGCAGUCAUUUUGAUGCGAUGUAUGUAUACAAUGACUGCAACGACCCAGUUCAAAAUGAUUGUCUUAAUGGGGUAAAUAGAUGUCAUAACGAAAUCGACAGUAGAUUUGGUAGUUGUGACGUAAUUUACAGCAGGGAUUUUGAUACAGUUAACAAUAACAGGAGACAAUCUUCACUUGCACCAAACACCACAGUACUGCCCGAAUAUGACAGCACUAUGCUUCCUGGAUCCGAUGCCACUGUGCAGUCUGAAUCUGACGUCACUGUUCUGUCUGGAUCUGACGUCACUGUACCGUCUGGAUCUGACGUCACUGUAGUGUCCAAAUCUGACUACACUGUACUACUUGAAUUUGACGUAACAGUAUUGUCUGGAACAAAAUUAGAUAACAUAGGUAACAAACAAAAUAGCUUUGAUUCAGAUGAUAUUAUUCUGAAUGAAGUUUCACAAUCUGGGUUUAAGGAAAAUUGCAUAAAGUACGGUACAAAAUUUAAAUCUAGGGGAGAAAUAGAAGAUAUGGGAAAAAAUAAGGAAAAUGGCAAAUUUUCAGUUUUAAGGAAUAACGAUGAUUCGUCAGUCUAUGCAAAAAUGACGAGUACAUGUUGCUAUAAACAAUCUUAUCAACCCCAAGACUAUGUUACUUGUGCAGAGGCCAUGAACUGCUGAAAGGAAAGUAGAGGUAAAAAUCUUGAAUGUUCAACUUUACACGUAUCAAGGUUACGUGAAUUGUUCAAUUCAAUGAAAGUAAAAAGACUACUAAGUAUGAGGUAGAUACAUGAAAAUUGAAGAAAGGGGGAUGUAUUACAUAUCCUCUCCCCCACUUUAGGAAUAAUUUGAAGUACAAUGCAAUUUAUUCUAAAUGUAGAAAAUGGUAAGUUUCGCACUUGACGUAGAAUUGUUUUACUAAAAUGUGUGAUUUUCUCAUAUUGACCUAUACUUCUGGGUUGUUGUUUUUUUGUGUGUCUGAAAUUUUAAAAAAGGUGGCAACAUACACAUCUUCUCUCGUUAUUAAUUAAAUUAAACUAUAUUGAUUGGAAAUUAAUGCAGUUUUUCCACUUUCAACCAUUAAUAUUGAUAAGUCACAUGAGGGGGGGG